AUGACGUCACCUACACCAUCGCCGUCCCCGUCCCCGCCGCCAGCGUCAGGCCCGCGCGGACGUGAGGAUCGGUGGCGUGGCGGCCGCGGGUCGGACUCGGAGGAUACACCAAGGUCUCAAAGAGGCGGGCUUGACGACGGGUGGGUGGCGCGCAACGACCGGCCGGAGUCGUCCUCAGCUCGCAGGGAGGUAAGAUCCAUGGUCUUCCGGGAGGAGGAGAGCGCCGCCUUAGACGAGCUCGACGACUCCGAAGACCCGCUCGACGAGGAGGAAGACGCCCCGUGGGAGGAGCCCACACACGUGACCCGCAAGCGCGCUCGCGGCCGGCGGGCAGGGAAGAGGGUGGCGGCGAGGGCGUCGCGCCCAGAGCGCGUCCCCGGCACCUACGAUGACUUCCACGGGCUGUGCCUUCUCUACACGCAGCCUGGUCACCGCGCGGCGAACUGCACCACCGGGCCGGUGUGCCUACGGUGCGGAGAGGCUGGGCACAUGGCGAGGGAGUGCUCACUCCCCCACCCCGCCGAGACCUGCGUCGCCGUCGGCAGAGGCCGUGGAGCCGGCUAG